CGAAAACAUCAAAGAUGGAUGUUGUCUUCAUUCCUAUUUUAUGAUUCUUGGGGCUCUAAAGCCCUCGGUCAGCCAUAAUCAAGGGUCUCGCUUGCUAAUCGUGGUCUGGGUGUUAAGCCACAUCAUGCAUUAGAUCAACAGCGAGCCUCUCCUGAGUCACAACUAGGCUAUAGCCUGCCGGCUAAGGUGUCUAUGCCGUCAUCCAAUAUACAGAUACCCAGUGUUUAGUCUGUUAACGUUUCCCGAAACGCAUGAUCAGGAUGCUGCGUUAGUCUCCUUCCUGUGAGGCUGCACAUUAGUUGCCUUCGCAUCAUUGGCUGAUACUACUCCAUCACUCCACUUGAGGGCAAUCUAAAAUGCAAGAAAGGGCAUAUUUGCUUUUGUAUGUCUUCUCCAUCACAUGCUUGUCUACCGGGAUGUCGCUGCCUUUGGCAGCCAAUAUUGUUGCCUUGUAGCAUAUAUACCUCACUUCAAUAUAUCAGCUACAUUUACAAUAUAAAAGCCACCUCGUCUCGAGCAAUUGUCUUCUUCAUUCAGCAUCGCUUGAUCACAACGGUUCCAUACAACUUCGACAAUCUCACUGUUCAUCUCCUACAAAGAGGAAUUUAGUUCCAAAUAUCAACCAUCAGAUUACAUAUAAGCUGCUUCAUCUCGCGCAACUAUUUUCUCUAUCCAGCAUUGCUUGGUCCAGCGCUCUCAUAUCUUCUACGAUCCCACUCUCCAGCUAGGGUUUAGUGCAAAGGGCAAUUUGACUUUGAAGUCGUCAUUCAAACGACCUUAUCUAAUCACCAUGUCUCCCACCAAUCGAGUACCGUCCAUGCGCAUGAACCCUUCUGACGCGCGCGACAUUCCCACAUACAUAAACGAACUUGCUAAAGAUGUGGCGAAAAACCAACCUAAGGGCGACUCGGAGAGUACCUUUUCCGACGCUUCGACACUUCAAGGCAACGAGCAAUCUUCGAAACUGAAACGCGGGCUUUUCA